AUGCAUACAAUCACAUUCUCAACGAUUUCUCUGGUCAUCACCCUCUCUAGUACCUUCGCAGCGCCAGUGCCGAUCCCCGCUUGGAGUGCCGUACGUGCUGCGAUGAAAGGCAAAGGUGGCGACCUCGCUGGCCACGCUGUGGAUCUCGGUAUGAGACUCAAAGAUCAAAAUGAUGGAAGUACGGCGGCGCAGCAACAUCAAGCACCAGGGAUGAGGAUGCAUGCCGUUGUUCAUCAGGCCAUGGCCAACUCACGGGCGCAUGCAAGUACACAAGCACACUCAACAAAACUUCAGCAAGCAGCCGCUGCCCAUCAUAAUGCACAACAACGACCUGCAUUCAUUCCGCCACCGAGGCAGCCAUCGAUGCCUGUACAACAGCCUAGCCGGAUUUUAACGGUGCUUAACCAGCAGAGAAUUUCUCAACAGCGCAGUGGUCGGCACCAUAGACGCGAUAUUGGGUGGACCGAAGGCGAGUUGGAGUCUCGUUCGCUCGAGGACUUGGACUAG